AUGAAGACGGUCCUCGGCGAUCUACAAAUUGUUGUAGAUCGGCAUUCAGACGUUCUACGAAAUAAUGCCUUACCGUUUCGAGUUCUGCUUGCAAUAAGAACAUUGGGUUUCGUGCUCUCUCCAUUCGCGGUUGCAUAUGACGCCUUGGCGCUAUUACCUUUUCAACUGUUUUCGAUUGAAGUUUGGCGCUUAAUCACAUGCCAUUUUGUUGGCCAUAAUGUACUUUUAUUCGCGUGGACGAUUUGGAGUUUGCAUUUUGGAACGAAUCUCAUCAGACAGAAUAACAGCAAUGAGAGUUUGCUGAAAAUUUACGCCAUCACGCAGAUUCUGACGGUCCUCAUAGUGUGUGGGGCAGCUUACGGUCUCUACGCGUUCGCAGCGAAAACUACACUUCUCUACAAGGCUUAUGUUGUGGACAUGGUGCCUCUCAACUGUGCUGUGUUGAUCCUAAUCAAGCAAUUUCUACCGGACACCAUCCUUCUUGAUACUCCCCUUGGUCGAAUCAAGUACACUCACAUGCCUAUUUUGGCCGUUCUAUUCUUGUCGCUGUUUUCCGUGGUGGGAGUAGUAAGACCAGUAGUGGUUCUGCAAAGUGUACUUGCCAUUCAAAUUUCAUGGACCUAUCUUCGUUUCUUCAAUCCACAGGAUUCCGAAGGGACGUAUGGUGACAGCAGUGAGCACUUUGUAUGGGCAAGCCUAUUCCCUCGUAUUUUCCAACCAUUUUGCACUGUUCUGGGUCGCAUUUGCUUCAGAAGUCUUGUGAAGUUGGGAGUUUGCAAGAGAACGGUUCGUCACGUCGACCUCAAUUCGCUACAGAGUGUAGGAAUAACUUUGCGCGGACUCGACAGCACAGCUCGUGACGCUGAAAGACGAAGGCAAAAAGCGCUUCGUGACCUUAAUGAGCGUCUCAGUAAAACAAAGAAGGUAGAGACAAUCGCGUGGGAGGAGGACGCAGACGACGAGAAAAAUGUUCCCGGUACUACUGAGCAGGGCAAAGUGCACGAGAGUGGACAUCGGACUAACGACGAAGAAGUUGUGGUGGAGCCGAGCACUACCGCGCAGCCAUCAGAGAGUGCCGAGUCGCGCGCA